AUGUCUGCUCUCGGGAGUGACAAGGAGGUACCGCCCAACGGCACCGGGCCCAGUCUGACUCCGGACAUCAUGCGCACUUCGAUGAGGAUGGAAGACGUACGAGACCUGGUUCGCAAGCCAGUCAAAGUAGAGCUCAUGGCGCUCCGCAACCUCUACGAAGAAGUCGCGCAGCUCCAGUUUCAACACAACCGCGUCGCACCCAUCAACUCACUCCCUAUCGAGAUGCUCAGCAUGGUCUUCCCGCACGCCAACGACGGCCUCAUCAACAUCACGCACAUGUUCCCCAACACAGCGACGGACUCUGAUGAGUUUGUACUCGACUGUCGGGAUGCGGACGACAAACAAAUCAGCGACACCAGGCCCGAAUCGCUGCUGCGCCUGGCUCUCGUGCACAACUUGAUGCCAGCAGAGGACGUCAGGGACGCGGUCCGCAAGGAAGUCGAGUCGCGGCGCACGACGAUUCACACCCUCCAGGAAGAGAUCGCCCGGCUGCAUUCCGUCUACAACCUCGCCGCGCCCAUCAACUCACUCCCACCCGAGCUGCUCGGCAUGGCCUUCUCCCACCUUGGAAGCCGCUCGACACGAAAGGCGGAUCUAGUUAGUGCCACGCACGUCUGUCGGCACUGGCGCGAUGUCGCCCUGCACGACCCCGCGCUAUGGGCACACGUUGGACACAAGCACCCGGAGGGCGUGAAGACCUUUCUGCAGCGCUCCAAGGCGCUUCCGGUGGAUGUCACUCUUGUCACCCCGGAGCUCAGGCCUCAGGACCCGGGCAACUCCACCAAAUGUCUCUCCCCGAUCGCGUACUUUGACUUCCUAAUAUGGUAA